AUGAAAAAGAAGAACCUAAUGACACUCACUGUGGAUGGUAAAAGCAACUUGAACAUCAUGAAGAAGAGCAAGAAGCAUGAAACUGUCACCAAAGAUCCGAUCUACCUUGGUGGUGUGCCGGAGUCUGUUACCAACAAAGGCCUGGAAACUCGAGAGCCAUACGUCGGCUGCAUGCAUAUCAUGAGUCUGGGAGGUGGUAAGAAGGACAAGAUGAGAAGAAAGAAGCAGCUUGACGUCUCCACAUUGGACAUCUACGGUGACGUGAACAAGCAGGAAUGUCCGCUCAACUGA